GAUGGCUGUUGCAUGGAGAGGAGAGUAGAGGAAAAAUCAAUAGAAAUUUUCAUUUCGUGAAAUGCCUGGCUGCUCUGGUUGUUUUGCGUUAGUUUACAAUUAAAAAUAAGCAGCAGCAAAUCGAAUAAUAAAUCGCUCGCGUUACAUACAAGUGCUACAAUAAGUCGGGCUUUCAACAUUCCGCGGCCAACACCCAAAGAAAAGCCAAAAAGCAGCAAAACGAAACCGCAACCGUGAGAAAGCCAAACGACCAACGAACAACUCGACACGAAAUUCCAGCAAACUCUGCCAAUAAUUUUGUGAUUGCAAAAAAAAUAAAAGUCUCCAAAAACACAAAGAAAGAGCAAGAGAGAGAGAGUGCAAAGAGAGCCAAAAGUCGAGAGAGAGAGCAGAAUAAUAAAAACAGAAAGAAGCUGCUGUGAUUUUAGUUUGUAAAUCAAAUUCGCAGCAUCGCAACUUGGAAGCUUGCUGCAAGUGGCGACGUCGCCCAGUUGCCUCCAAAUCGUCGUUGUCGUCGUAAUCGUUGUCGUGUCCGCUCUCGUCGUUGCUGUUGUUGUUGCUGAGCGAUAAGAGCACUUCAACAAGAACACAGAAACAGCAGCAGAUCUUUUCUUCGCCCCCCGAGUUUGCAUAAAACCAGCGAAAAUUAACAAGCUAACUACAAUGGCGCCGGUGCGGGGGGAUGGCAUGAGAGGCCUGGCCGUCUUUAUAUCGGAUAUAAGAAAUUGCAAAAGCAAAGAGGCGGAGGUGAAGCGCAUAAAUAAAGAACUGGCCAACAUACGCAGCAAAUUUAAAGGAGAUAAAACACUCGAUGGCUAUCAGAAGAAGAAAUAUGUGUGUAAGCUGCUCUUCAUAUUCCUGCUGGGCCACGACAUUGACUUUGGCCACAUGGAGGCCGUCAAUCUGCUGUCCUCCAACAAAUACUCAGAGAAGCAGAUCGGCUAUCUAUUCAUCUCGGUGCUGGUGAAUACGAACAGCGAUCUGAUUCGUUUGAUCAUUCAGUCGAUCAAGAACGACUUGCAGUCGAGGAAUCCGGUGCACGUGAAUCUGGCGCUCCAAUGCAUCGCCAAUAUUGGCAGCCGCGACAUGGCCGAGUCCUUCUCGAAUGAGAUACCCAAGCUGUUGGUCUCUGGGGACACCAUGGAUGUGGUCAAGCAAUCGGCAGCGCUUUGUCUGCUGCGUCUCUUCCGCUCCUCGCCGGACAUCAUUCCAGGCGGCGAGUGGACCUCGCGCAUCAUUCACUUGCUCAACGAUCAGCAUAUGGGCGUGGUGACGGCGGCCACCUCGUUGAUCGAUGCGCUCGUCAAACGCAAUCCGGAUGAGUACAAGGGUUGUGUGAAUCUGGCCGUGUCGCGUCUCUCGCGCAUCGUCACCGCCAGCUACACCGAUCUGCAGGAUUACACGUACUACUUUGUGCCAGCUCCAUGGCUGUCGGUGAAGCUGUUGCGCCUGCUGCAGAACUACAAUCCGGUGACCGAGGAGGCUGGUGUGCGAGCGCGUUUGAAUGAGACUUUGGAGACCAUAUUGAACAAGGCGCAGGAGCCACCGAAGAGCAAGAAGGUGCAGCAUUCGAACGCCAAGAAUGCGGUGCUCUUCGAGGCUAUCAAUCUGAUCAUACACAGCGACAGCGAGCCGAAUCUUUUGGUGCGUGCCUGCAAUCAGUUGGGCCAGUUUCUCAGCAAUCGCGAGACAAAUUUGCGCUACUUGGCGUUGGAGUCGAUGUGCCAUCUGGCAACGUCGGAGUUCUCGCACGAGGAGGUCAAGAAGCACCAGGAGGUGGUCAUACUGUCGAUGAAGAUGGAGAAGGAUGUGUCGGUGCGUCAGAUGGCCGUCGAUCUGUUGUAUGCGAUGUGCGAUCGCGGCAAUGCCGAGGAGAUUGUGCAGGAGAUGCUCAACUAUUUGGAGACGGCCGAUUAUUCCAUACGCGAGGAGAUGGUGCUCAAGGUGGCCAUUCUCGCCGAGAAGUACGCCACGGAUUAUACCUGGUACGUCGAUGUCAUACUCAAUCUUAUUCGCAUUGCUGGCGACUAUGUGUCCGAGGAGGUCUGGUAUCGUGUCAUCCAGAUCGUCAUUAAUCGUGAGGAGGUCCAGGGCUAUGCCGCCAAGACAGUCUUCGAAGCACUGCAGGCUCCCGCCUGCCAUGAGAACAUGGUCAAGGUGGGCGGCUAUAUUUUGGGCGAAUUUGGCAAUCUGAUUGCGGGUGACUCCCGUUCGGCGCCGCUGGUGCAGUUCAAGCUGCUGCAUUCCAAGUAUCAUCUGUGCUCGCCCAUGACGCGCGCAUUGCUGCUCUCCACGUACAUCAAGUUCAUCAAUCUGUUCCCCGAGAUACGCACCAACAUCCAGGAGGUGUUCAGGCAACAUAGCAAUCUGCGUUCCGCUGAUGCGGAGCUGCAGCAGCGUGCCAGCGAGUAUCUGCAAUUGAGCAUUGUGGCAUCGACAGAUGUGCUGGCCACAGUUCUGGAGGAGAUGCCCUCAUUCCCGGAGCGCGAGAGUUCCAUUCUUGCCGUGCUCAAGAAGAAGAAGCCGGGUCGUGUGCCCGAGAACGAGAUACGCGAAUCAAAGAGUCCGGCGCCCACAUCGAUUACGCAGAACAACACGCAUGUGAAUCACAGCAACAAACUGAAUAGCAAUGCCAAUGCCGAUCUAUUGGGCCUCAGCACGCCGCCCGCCAACAACAUCAACAACUUGAGCAACAACAGCAACUCGACACUGAUCGAUGUCCUGGGCGAUAUCUAUGGCAACAAUAAUGCUGCUGCGGUGUACAACACCAAGAAGUUUCUGUUCAAGAACAAUGGAGUGCUCUUCGAGAACGAAAUGCUGCAGAUUGGCGUCAAGUCCGAGUUCCGACAGAAUCUGGGCCGCUUGGGUCUCUUCUACGGCAACAAGACGCAAGUGCCGCUGACGAACUUCAAUCCUGUGCUGCAGUGGAAUGCCGAGGAGGGACUCAAGUUGAAUGUGCAAAUGAAGGCCGUAGAGCCAACGCUCGAGGCGGGCGCACAAAUCCAGCAGCUGCUGACGGCCGAGUGCAUCGAGGAUUACGCCGAUGCACCCACCAUUGACAUCAGCUUCCGCUACAAUGGCACACAGCAAAAGUUCAGCAUCAAGCUGCCGCUGACGGUGAACAAGUUCUUUGAGCCAACCGAAAUGAAUGCCGAGUCCUUCUUUGCCCGAUGGAAGAACCUAAGCGGUGAACAGCAGCGGGCACAAAAGGUGUUCAAGGCGGCACAGCCGCUGGAUCUGCCCGGUGCACGCAACAAGCUGAUGGGCUUUGGCAUGCAGCUGCUGGAUCAGGUGGAUCCCAAUCCCGACAACAUGGUCUGUGCGGGCAUUAUACACACGCAAUCACAGCAGGUGGGCUGUCUGCUGCGACUGGAGCCCAACAAGCAGGCACAGAUGUUCCGAUUAACCAUUCGCGCCAGCAAGGAAACUGUGACUCGAGAAAUCUGCGACCUAUUGUCGGAUCAGUUCUAAGCAAUUGCGCAAUCACUUUCGAUGCAUGUGGAGACAUGUCUACUGGAGCAACUGCAGCGAGAACCAUUUGAACACACACACACAAUGCACAAUCCACGAUCGCAAUCUUAAAUUCACCUAGAGAAAAUAUCAAAAACCAAAAAAAUGAAAACUAAGCAAAGUAUAUGACAUAAUGUUUCCUCAAACUCUCGACCUAUAUACGCGACUUAAUUUUCAAUGUGCUCCGUGACACGCCCACACACCCUACGCCUACUACCACAUGUUUACCUCUUCACACACACACCCGCACACCCCGCGCACACACAUGUAUACACUAUAAGCUGCAUCUCUCAGCACACUGCAGUUUCAAAGGAAUUUCUCCCUCACAUGUUCUUUCGUUUAUGAUUUCUCUUAUUGAUCGCGUUAGUUGUUAAAGAAUGCGUCUGAUUUUCCCCCCCUAUUUCCAAUACUAUAAUAAUUAUUAUUAUUUUUUGUAAUUUGCUAACGAGAGAGAUAAUUUUUUGUAAAUGUUAAGCUCAAAAAAGUUCAUUAGAAAAGCAUAAUUAGAUUAUGUUGUAUGACAAGCAGUAGCAGUUGGAUAUUACUAUAUAUAUACACACAUAUGCAUAUAUAGAUCGGAUUCAUAUGAACGUACAUACAUAUAUAUACCUAGUAUAUACACACACAAACACACACACUAUAUUGUUGUAAUAAAAGCGAAAAGCAGUAAACGAUUUAUAAAUGGAAUGAAAUAAUAACUACUAUAUAAAUACACAAUUCGUUAUGUUAUCAACAAAAACCACAACAAAUUAUUAAUGCAUAAAGGCAAAAACGAAAAACAAAAAUAAUUGAAUCAAUGUUUAGUGUUUUUUGAUUGUGAGAUUGGAGAGAACGAAAGAAGGAGCAAAAAGAAGGAAGAAGCAGCAGCAGAUGCGCAGAAAAUCUCAUUAAAUGAUAGACAAAUAAUUAGACGGUGAAAAUCGCAUACAAAUUUUUCGAUUAAACAUAACACACAACAUAAACAAACACAUACACAUAUAUGACAUUAUACAUUGUUGAACUUGAACAAACUAAAAGUAAUAAUAAAACAAAAUAAUGAUAUAUUAAAGGGACAAAAAAUUACAAGAAAACAAAUUAUUAUACGUAUAGCGAAAAUUUUCGAUUGAUCCUGAGCAUUGUACUAUGUAUUAUUUCGUAUAUAUGUACCAUAGAUAAAACACUAUACAAAAAUACAGAAUACUACAUGUAUGUAAAAACAAAACAAAAAAAAAAAACAUAAACUAUAUUAUGAUGAGAAUAUUGUUCGGAAUUUAAAUCAAUUCAAAUUCGAAUUCGACUUCAAAUUCAAAUUGCAAUUUUGUUUGACAUAAUCAUAUUAAUUAAUGCAUAAUAUGUAUAUGUAUAUCAAUCAGCAAGUAUUAACUAUUCCCCCGAAUGUGCAUCAAUGAAGCGCGCCAUACAAUGUUGCAAGCAAAUAACGAAAAACACAACAGGAACAAAUACAAAUAUGAUGAGUAAUAUUCGUGAAUAACUUGAAUAAAUAAACAAAAUAUACAAAGACA